AUGUCAUCGGACAAAGGCCACUGCAAAAUCCAAAAGAUUUGGAGCGAUUCGGAAAAACCAGCAAAAGAGCUCCACCGACAAUACGUGCUUCUAGAGAAGUUCGUUCAGGACGCCUAUAAGGAGGAGUUCAGGGAGUACGAGAAUAAAGUCAAACCAGAAAUAAAGGCAUUCCUCGAUGAGUGGACUACCGGCCCGACCCCGAUCAACUACUAUAGAACCAACCUUAUCGAACGAGUUGGACCCAUUCCCGAAUUGGAGAUAAACGAGUUCGAGUCUCCGAAGGGUGUGAAGGAAGGGAGAAUCUCAUGGAUCAAACCAGACUGUGAUUGGGACGGUGUCGUUCACAAGAACGAGCUCGUGCCGACUGGACGGAUCGAUAUUGGAAAAAAAUACCCGCGCAUGUUGCACUGGGUUCACAUCACCCAGUCAAUUGUGGCAAAGGAUCAACUUCGACUUACCCACAUGCCAUUCUUUGAAAAUGGAAUGGACGACAGCCAAGAGUAUGAAAAGUUUGCAAAACUCUUCACGGAUGGAAUUCAUGGAUUCACAAAGAACUGGAAGUACAUCAACGAUUAUCUUCUCUACAAAGUGAUGCGCCGGGUUCUGGAAUAUGGAUACACCGCAAACGUAGACGUAUUCUACUACACAUUCUAUCGUCUCUGGCCGAACAAAUUCAGCCAGCGUCAGUAUUCCGAAGUUUUCCCAAAGCUGUGCGCCCGAUAUGCUGAGGAAGGAUUCGAUUGGCAGAGUCUGGAGCCGUGGAAACCAAAACCGGAGGGGAUGUAUGGACUGAACCCAUAUAUGGAGAAACCGGCGGAGAACGUUCAAAACCCCACGUGCUUCGCUUGUCUGGAGUACCUUUGUCCAGUUCACGGACUUCGUCUCCAGAUUGCACCGGAGAUUCCAGGAGGAGACAUCGCUGAGGUCUUUCUACCACUGCCUGGCCCAAAUCAAUCGGCUGUGACGUGCGGCGGUGAUUGUUGGAAAACAAUAGAUCCAGAAGAGAUCAUGGCAAAAUUGACACCGGACGAGGAGGAAAUCGAGGAUCGUCGAGUGAAGAUAUACCUGGAUAAAGGAAAACUGAUGGAGAUGUCUAUUCCGGAGGGAUCUAUGAUUGCCACUCUCUACAUGUAUGAUAAAUCUGGGCAAUCAUUCUGUCAGUUUGUUCACGAAAAUCUUCACGGAAAGACAGACGACAGCGACAAAAUUCGGACGUGUCGUGACGCCUACAGUUUGAUUAUGGGUCUCGCGGAGUACGUCACUGAUCGACGCAUUCAGAUGGGCCAAACGCAACCAAUGAGGCCCUACAAGGAACGUUACAAUGCAUUCCGGAACAUUCAGAUGAGGAACCACCAGCAAGCUACGAAAGCUCGGGAAGCUGCCCUUCAGGAAAGAGCCAAUUCCGAAGGAAAAACAUUGCAACAAGUAAGGAAAGAGGAGGAACGAGAAUUCAUGCGAAAACACGGAAGAGCGAUGAACGAAAAAGUUAUGAUCUGUUCGACAAGACCAUUUGUGCCAUGCCGUCACGAAGGGACAUGCAAAGACGACCCAGAUUGCUCUUGCCAAGAAAACGGUGUCUGUUCUCACCUUUGCAAAUGUUCCAUUGAUUGCCCACAACGCUUCCCUGGUUGCAUCUGUGCUCCAGGAACAUGCCGAAACCAGCACUGCGCUUGCUUCAGAGCAAACUGGGAGUGCAAUCCAAACACUUGCAAAAACUGCAAUUGUGAAACGAUCGAUGGAACUGGCGACGAGGUGAUUUGCGGAAAUUUCCCGCUGACACGGAUGGUCCAGAAAAGAUUGUAUGUUGCACCGUCGAGGAUCAGUGGAUUCGGAUUGUUCCUGAUGGAGAAUGUCGAGAAAGACGAUUUGGUUGUGGAAUACGUCGGAGAGAAGAUUUCCGAUGAAGAAACCGAACGACGAGGAGCAAUUUAUGACACGUUCAAGUGCAGUUACAUAUUAGGUCUGGGAUCAGGAGGAGCCAUCGACGCGUUCAAAGUUGGCAAUUUGUCACGUUUUGCCAACAACAAUUCGGUCAACCCAACACUCUACGCGAAGGCCAAAAUUGUUAAUGGCGAGCAUCGCAUCGGGUUCUAUGCGAUCGAUGCUUUGAAGGCUUUCACCGAGUUGACUUUCAACUAUGAUUAUCACAAGGAACAUGCUGCCACUGUCAGCUCCACCAUCGGCAAAAAAGGUCGCCGCUCUUCGAAACCAUCCACAUCAUCCAGACCAUCUACAUCAUUGGCAAUGGAUUACUCGGACUUUGAUAUGUAA